AACGCUCGGCGCACCGGCUCGUGCAUUGCACCCGGGUCUCGAGCGGGGCGCGCUCGGCCUGUGAGGGAGUGGGUGCGGGGCCGGCUAGCCGGUGCCGCCGAGGCAAGCGGAAGCGACCGGGAACCGCGGCGGAGGGCGCCGCGUGCGCACGCGCGGGCGCCGCUCGCUCCCGCCUGCCGGAGACCGCGGCGGAGACCGGGCGUGAGGAGCGGCGGAGCGCGCUCGCGGGCGGAUGGAGGCGCCUCCCCGCCGCGCCUGAGCCGGUGGACAGGAGAGGCCGCGCGCCGGGCCGCGCUCUCCCCGCCAGAGCCGCAGCAUGGUUGACUAUAUGGUGGAGUAUGACUAUGACGCUGUACAUGAUGAUGAAUUAAGUAUUCGAGUUGGGGAAAUCAUCAGAAAUGUGAAAAAACUACAGGAAGAAGGAUGGCUGGAAGGAGAAUUAAAUGGGAGAAGAGGGAUGUUCCCUGAUAAUUUCGUUAAGGAAAUUAAGCGAGAGACGGAACCCAAGGAUAACAAUUUGCCCAUCAAACGGGAAAGGCAUGGAAAUGUAGCCAGUCUUGUACAGCGAAUCAGCACUUACGGACUUCCAGCUGGAGGAAUUCAGCCACAUCCACAAACCAAAACCCUUAAGAAGAAGACAAAAAAGCGUCAGUGUAAAGUUCUUUUUGACUACCUUCCACAAAAUGAGGACGAACUGGUACUGACAGUGGGGGAUAUCAUUGAUAUUAACGAAGAGGUGGAGGAAGGUUGGUGGAGUGGAACCCUGAACAAUAAGUUGGGACUUUUCCCCUCAAACUUUGUGAAAGAGUUAGAGCUCACAGAGGAUGGUGAAACUCAUGAAGGUCAGGACGAAUCAGAAAUAGCUUUGACUGGCCCUACCUCACCAUUACUGUCUCCGGGAAAUGGGAGUGAUCCUGGAUCAGUUACACAGCCAAAGAAAGUUUUCCGAGGAGUUGGAUUUGGAGAUAUUUUUAAAGAAGGCUCUGUGAAACUUAGGACAAGAACAUCCAGUAGUGAAACAGAAGAGAAAAAACCAGAAAAGCCCUCAAUUCUGCAGUCACUGGGAUCCAGAACCCAGAGUGUGGAGGUGACAAAACCAGACACCGAUGGUAAAAGUAAAGUUAAGGAAUAUUGUAGAACAUUAUUUGCUUAUGAAGGAACCAAUGAAGAUGAACUUACUUUUAAAGAAGGGGAGAUAAUCUAUUUGAUAAGUAAGGACACUGGAGAAGCAGGCUGGUGGAAGGGUGAGCUUAAUGGCAAAGAAGGAGUGUUUCCAGAUAACUUCGCUGUUCUGAUAAGUGAACUAGAUAAAGACUUUCCAAAACCAAAGAAACCACCUCCUCCUGUAAAGGGUCCAGCUCCAAAGCCUGACCUGUUAGCUGCAGAGAAGAAAGCUUUUCCUCUAAAAUCUGAAGAAAAAGAUGAAAAAGCACUGCUGGAACAGAAACCCUCUAAACCAGCUGCUCCUCAAGUCCCACCCAAAAAGCCCACUCCACCUACCAAAGCCAAUAAUUUAUUGAAGUCUCCUGGAACAGUGUACCCAAAGCGACCAGACAAACCAGUUCCUCCUCCACCACCAGCAGCCAAAAUUAAUGGAGACGUUUCUACUACAGUUUCUUCAAAGAUUGAAGCUGAGCCAGUAUCAAAACCAAAGCUAGACCCUGAACAAUUGCCAGUCAGGCCAAAAUCAGUAGACUUUGAUGCUUUCAUAGUCAGAAAUUCCAAAGAAACAGAUACUGUAAAUUUUGAUGAUAUAGCUUCCUCAGAGAACUUGUUACAUCUCACUGCAAAUAGACCCAAGAUGCCUGGAAGAAGGUUGCCUGGCCGCUUCAAUGGUGGACAUUCUCCAACUCAAAGCCCAGAAAAAACAUUGAAGUUACCAAAAGAAGAAGAUAGUGGCAACCUAAAGCCGUUGGAGCUUAAAAGGGAUACAAGCUUCUCUUCAAAGCCAUCUCUUUCUACACCUUCAAGUGCUUCUAAAGUAAAUACAUCUGCUUUCCUAACUCCAUUAGAACUCAAAGCUAAAGCAGAAACAGAUGAUGGGAAAAAAAGUUCCCUGGAUGACCUUAGAGCCCAGAUUCUUGAAUUACUGUGUAUUGUAGAGGCACUGAAAAAGGAUCAUGGGAAAGAACUGGAAAAGCUACGCAGAGAAUUGGAAGAAGAGAAGGCCAUGCGGAGUAACCUAGAGGUGGAAAUUGCAAGGCUGAAGAAAGUUCUUCUGUCUUCUUGAGGUGGUAUGGACCCAGUGUCUUUAAUGCUCCAGUGAUUUAGGAGCAACACUAUGAACUUAACCGACUUGUUAAGACAGCAGAUGUGGUGUUGCGACGAAGAAAUGAGAGGACAUGAACUGUGAUAUUACUGGAAAGUUAGGGAGUGUGACAAUUUUUUUAUAUAUAUAUUUUGUUUUGCCAAUAUGAAAAAGGAGGCCUUAUUUCCUACUGUGCUGGGAUAGCAAACAUUUAUGUUGUUUGCUUGAAAAUACUACUGAAUCUGUAUAAAAAGGAAUGAAAAUUCACAAUAGUUUUUUUUAUUGAAACUUGUAUUAUUUUUAAAGAGUUCUAUACUAUAAAUAUCGUACUAUCUUUACAAAUAAGCUGUAAGAUAAACUAUUUGAGAUGGACGGGUUAGCUUUAUAGUAACUAGAAUCACUGCUUUUCUGUAAUACAUAAGGACAUAAACUUGUAUACUUGCACUACACACACACACACACACACACACUUUUAGCUUCUUACCUAGGAUUACACUGUUGUGCCUGUGUCUGCAGUGCUGUUUGUACAUUGGGUGGUAAAAUAGGAGUUCCUAAUUACGAGGUUCCUCACCCAUGCAUAAUGAAUCAAUAAUGAAAUAAUAAAAGUAAAUUAAACUUGCAGGGUGUUUUCUAAUGCUCACACUAUAGGGUUCAUUAAAGGAAGUUAGUUAAAAUAUACUGGAUUAAUCUUUGGGAAAAUACGAACUUUAUUCUCAAUUCAUGUGGCCUAAGGAAUCUAAAAAUGUCAUGCUAAUUCUUACUUGUGCCUAGACACUGCAGCACAUAUUAAAUAAUGUAGACACCAGCCUUAUUGCUGUAUUCUUGUGCUCAUUCUACAGUUCUAAAUAUUACUCAUUUCAUUAUCUUGUAAUUAGCUCUUUGUAGCCUUCCCUUAGUUUUCACAAGGCCUCUAAACCCAGAUCUUUUCAAAAUUUUAGAAUGAAGGUUCAUAUUGGGAAAGCUAUAAUGUAAACUCAGGUUUUACAGACAUAAUUUCUCAAAAUAGAACACAAUAACUCCUAGAAAUAUUUUGGGUUGUUACUUAUGUAAAUGUUAAAAGAGUGUUAGUAUUUCACAAAUAGUAACAUUAUGGGUUAUGAAAAUCAAAUAUAAUUGACCAUGUUGGAGAUCAUUUCAGAAUGAAUGCUUAAUCAUUUUUUAGCAUCACAAAUCAAUAGUGGAACAUCUUAGAUCAGCCACAUUCAGGGUGGUAUGGCUCAGCCCUGUGGGUCAACGUGUCUUAAAAACAAUGAGGAAAUGGUUUUAUUUGUUGAAAAUCAAGUUAUAUUUUAAAGUUUACUUUAUUAAAUGAAAUGAAGAUCAGAUUGAAGGUAUCAUGCUUCUUAAAAAAUACUUUUUCUUUACAUUUUAAUCUUAAAAUGGAAAAAUCUUUUUAAGUGAAAUGUCUUGUGUUACUUCAAAUAAAAAGAACUGAAGUAGAAAAUAGAAUUGCCAACACAAAAUUACACUUGAUUAACUUCUGGGGACAGCAUUAAUUUUACAUCAAGUGUGCAUUUUAGCUUUUUUGGUUGUUUGAAAAAGGGUCUUAUAUUGCUUGGGCUGGAGUCAACCUUGUUAUGUAGCAAAGAUGAUUUUAAAUUUCUGAUCCCUCUGCUUCUGCCCCCCACGUGCUAGGAUGACAGCCAUACCACUGUGCCUAGCUAUUUUAACAUUUCAAGUCUAAGCUCAUCUAAUGAGGGGUUAUUGAUGGACAAAAUUAUUCCAUUUUAUCUUUAAGUGAUUAGUCAAAUGAAUCAAUUUGCUUUUUGUUAAUAAACUAGCUCUUAAUGACAGUUUUCAGAUAAAAGUAAAUGAUCCUAUCUUAGAAAUCACCCCCUGCUUUCCGCACUGGAGCUUUGUCUUCCCCCAGAAUGCUGGAUGGAAAAGGUUCCAGCAGUUCAAGCUUUGUUAUUUUCCCAUUGAAGGUUAUUUUAAUACAAAAAUAACGUAAAUAUUCAACAGUAGGCGAGUGACUAGUGUACGCUUUCUGGACAAACAUGUAGCUCAUAGAUGCUAAUUAAAAUGUAAAAAAUUGGGAAAAUAAUUCUUAUAGAAAAACAGAUAACAGAAAACUGAAUUUAUGUGAUAUAAGCAUGAGUAAGAGAAAUAAAAGCACAAUCCCUUAUUGUAUAUUAAAUUCGCGCAGUUUGGUUCCUUUCUGAACUAUUAUGUAUCAUUUAUCUGCUUGGUGAUCUUGGCCCUGGCAACACAUAUAUUUUAAUACUUGUGAGCUACUAAAAUUUAUUGGAGUCAUGUAUGGUGACUGCAUGCUUGUAGGUUGUAGACUGAGGAAGGAACGGACUGAGUUUAAGGCCAGCCUGGACAGUGUAGAGACCCAGUGUCCGUUAGAAAGGAAACAAUCUUCCUGUGGCGGCAGUGAUGGUGAUAGUGUGUGCUCUGCACUCGCCUGUAUAGUCAGAACGGCCAUGAGUGCGCAGCGCACACUAUCGUCCUCUCAGUCAGAACGGAGAAGUCGUACUGGCUUUGUUCUCCUUUUUUCUGUAUGUCUGGUUUUCUGACGUGAGCGAUAGAAUUCAGGAAAAAAACAAGCAAGCUUGAACUUACUAAAGGGAAAAAAAUGAUUUCCUUAAAAUAAUAAUUCGCCAGUAUUUGCCCUUGAUAUGGGAACUUUUACUAUUCCUAAAGUUAAUAUCACAAAAUGAUAUUAAUUAUAACUUCGAUUUUGAGGUAAAUCCUCCCACAUGUAUAAAAGACAACAUUAAAUCUAUCAUUGCCAAAUUACUAAUGAAAAUCAGAUUUCUGUUCUUUGAAACAAUACUACUACAUUUCUAAUGGGAUUUCAAUGUUAUUUUGGUGUGCUUGUGACCACUAAGCUCAUUUCUAAUGGGAUUUCAAUGUUAUUUUGGUGUGCUUGUGACCACUAAGCUUAUUUCUUACUAUAAAGCUGUCAGCUCCAUUGAGCUGUGCAAGAUUUCACUGGGAAGCUGGAAGGUGCAGAGAGAAUGGGCCUGGUUUAACACUCCCUUACAGUGAUCACAUAGAGGAAAACGCUCCAAGUACUCUGGAUUUUUUGAUGAAUGUUUAUGCUUACGUUUAAACUUGAAAUGUAUGAACAGAAUGAGACAAUCUUUACAAUCAGAAUUGAGAAGUGUUACAGUUGAAUGGCCUUGUGCUGUAGCAAUAAAAUGACCAUGUGCAAUGACUUUAAUAAAAUCAUCUUUCAAAAGUUGCUGCUAUGAAUAUUUUUAAAAUUAAUUGUGUAGCCUACCUUGCCUUCAGUAGCUAUUAAUGUGAUGCAGUUGAUGUUUAGACAAUCUAACAUUCCAAAAUCCAUAUAUAUAUAUAUAUAUAUAUAUAUUCUCAGAAUAGUAUAUUCAUUUUUUUACAGGUGCUGUUAAAAGAAGGAAAUGAAAGCAUGUUUUUCCCUAAAACAAAAUUAAUA